AUUUCAUCAACGUCAAUAGAUUAAUCCCUUCUCUUCUUCCCCACACCACACACGGGCAGGGCUUCUAGCAUGGAGACUGAGGUUACGCCUACGCCACUAGUAUAAGAACCCCAGCUCCCCCUUGGGGCCGAGGCAGAGCAGAGCAGGAGCUAGACUAGAGAGAACAUCUUUAGUGCUGUACUAUUUUGUGAGGAGGAGAGAGAAUGAUGGAGGUGGCAGUGGAGAGCCCGCAGCCAGCGGCGUGGGACCACUUCAAGGAGAAGGUGGAGAUCAUGGAGGAGGAGAACGGUGGUGCUUCCGCAGCCGCAGCCGCAGCCGCCGCCGCCGCUGCUGCAGGGGAGCUGCUGACCAGGGAGAUCAAGAAGAGGUUGCUGAACCACGCCCAUGAGAAUGGGAAUGGCCAUGGCCAUGUCAAUGGAGGAGGACCAGAGGAGCUCAAGGUUGUUCCCGAGGAGGAGGACAAGGUGGAGGAGGCUCCUGAAGAGCCCAAGGUUGCUGAAGAGGAGCAGAAGUCGCACCUGCAGCAGACUAUCUUCUUCGAUGCAGCCAAAGGGUUAUGGAAGUGCCGGCACUGCGAUUGGACGUACCGCCUGACUAGUCUGUGCGAAAAUGGUACCGUAGAUCAUCGAGGCUAUCGUCACCAAAUCGAGCAGAAUCUCGAAUCGUUGGUUGAGAAAAAGGAUCGUUUUACGGUUCACCGAACAAAGCCUCCUCAAGCAGAGGAGGAGAAGGAGGAGGAGGAGGUUGCCGAAGAGGAGCAGGAGUGGCACAGGAGUAUCUUCUUCGAUGCAGCCAAAGGACUAUGGAAGUGCCGACACUGUGAUUGGACGUACCGCUUGGCUAGUCCGUGCAGAAAUCAUACCGUAGAUCGUCGAGGCUUAUUAAAACCAGAGCAUUUGGCAGUUGAAUCAUAUUCGGAGAACCAAGCUGCUGAAGAUCCAGUGAUGAUGCCACUGCAGUCCGAGAUGCAGAACUCCAACGAUACAACCACUAAAAUUGAAUCUCGCACAUAUGCUCGUCAUAGUCAUGGCACAGUUGUAAAACCAGUGCAUUCGAUAACCGAAUCAUCGUCGGAAGAUCAGAACACGACAACCACCACAACUACAAUCACAUCGGCAACAGCUACCACAUCCUCUACAACCACAUCAGCAGAAGCGACAACUCACUCAUCGUCUUCUAUAGGAAUCUUUCACGCAGAAGUAAUUGAAUGGAUGACAGAUGGCAUGCCUCCCCUCAAGCCUGCUGAUGAAGUUAUCAUGGAUGCAACUCACCACCUACAUGGACAUGAAGAUGUUCAUGGAACUACGACGACAACGUUCGAGAAUGGCUCAGUUACCACUCAUGUAAGUCACACAACAGAACUCAAGGUCGAUUGCCCGAAUGUGACCACUACCGCGAGGGGCGAUUUACCAACCUCGCCGAUUCCUCAAGCAGAAGAUCAACCUUAUGUAGCAGUGUCAGUCCCUGAAGAUGUGAAUCCUGCUGCUCCUAGCCCCCAACAGAGUGAUGACUGGGAUAUACCAAAAGCCAUAGUGUAUGGUGGCUUAGUGGAGUCAGUCACCAGCCUCUCCGUUGUUUCAGCAGCAGCAUCAAGUGGAGCAAAAACAUUGGACAUAUUCAUCUUGGGCAUAGCCAACCUUAUGGGAGGGCUUCCUCUCAUUUUCCACAAUAUUGCCGAUCUAAGAGACAUUCGAGAUGUGAAUGAGGACAACGAGCGCGUCGGCCACUACUGGUUGCAGCUCGGAAGGCGGUCGAAAGCCCGACUCCACAUGAUCCUGGCCCUGCUCUCAUACAUCGUGUUCGGGCUACUUCCACCAAUCCUCUACGGUCUGUCAUUCCGUGAGAGCAAUGACAGGGAGAACAAGAUGAUGGCCGUCGCCGGUGCUUCACUCGCCUGCAUCGCUCUGCUAGCACUUGGAAAGGCGCAUGUCAAGGAAGCACCCAGGACAUACUUCAAGACCCUAAUGUACUACCUGACAGUCGCUGUGAGCUCGUCGGGGCUGUCGUACGUCGCCGGCGUGCUGAUCACGCGGCUCCUGGUGCACUUUGAAAUUAUCGAGCAAGGUGGGUCGGCUGCUCCUCCUUCUCUGGGCCUGUCACUCCCUCAUUCUGUGGGUGCACAAACAUCUGCCUGGGCCUCAUUCUGAAUUCUGAACUCUGAAGUUAUUGGGAAACAGUGCUGAAAAAGAGAAGACAUGUAUGAGUGGCAUUGGUGUUUAAUCCUGACAUAUUGAUAGCAGAAGUGAACUGGCAACCAGGCAACUGAGAAAGACCAAUUGAAAUGAACACAGGCCACUUAGUUGACCACACCAAACCGAGAAAAGCAAACACCCUCGAAAGAGUUGUUAGUACCCGGUGGUUCCACAGCAGUGCUUUUGUGUGUGUAUUGUGUAAAAGAACCUAGAUUGCGAAUAAAAAUCAUUUGAUUUUCGGUGUA